AUGCAUAAUACAUUUCAUUCCCAAACACGUGCUACAUAAUGGCGGACAAAAAUGGUAGAAAAGUCGUUCUUCGAGGAAAAAUAAAAGAGGUCCUUGCCGAUCGUAGUAAAGUAAACGGUAUUGUAGAUAUCAUAGAAGGACUAGGUAGCAAAGAUGUGUCUGUAGUUGUGGAAUGCGUUGAUGGUUUGUGCAAAAUAUUCUCCAAAUUGAUACAAUCCGGGACAUGCCCAAUCAGGAAAGUAUCAAAAGUCUCUAAAAAGAAGUCUAAAAUUCCUGACAAACCAGAGAAAAUCUUUGAGCAUUGGUUAAGUCAAAACUAUACUCUAACUGUGAAUACGUUGCUGGUAAUCCUGCGAUCUCCUAAUCCUGAAGUCAUAGAGAAAGUCUUGACAACAUUAAUGAUGUUUCUUAAAGCAGAGAGCCAGAAAUUGCAGGAAAACUCUCCAGACUUCACAUUUUCUAAUGAUCUAUUUUUAAAAAUUGUGUCAUAUUUGACAGAUGGCUUGUACAGCAAUGAUAAUGUAGUCAAAUUUUUCAAGCCUUACCUUCAGUAUAAUGACAUAUGUUAUUACAUGUUGAGAAACUUAAGCAAAAUCACUUCAAAAUUUACUGAUGGGACGCCCACUGAAUGUGGUCUCCACUUUGCCAGAAACGUGUUUCGUCUUUUACCAUUAAUCACCAUACCUGAAUGUGAAGAAGAUUUAGGUAACCUAUUUGUGAUCUUGGCUGAACCAGUUGAAGCUAACCAACCCAUCAUUAACCAUAAUGUAAUGAACUUAAAUUCAUACAAGAAAGUUUUCACUGAUGCAUGGAUGUCAUUCCUCAGUCUUCAACUGGAUAAUAGUCUAUAUCGACAAGUCUUGGUUAAACUCGAAGACAAAGUUAUUCCUCACCUUAUUGAUCCAAAAAUACUGAUGGAUUUCUUGGUUGACUCCUACAACAUUGGUGGUGUGAUCAGCAUUCUAGCCCUAAACAGCUUGUUUGUGCUAAUACACAAGUAUAACCUGGAUUAUCCAGAUUUCUAUAAAAAGCUGUACAGUCUAUUUGAUGCGGAAAUAUUUCAUCUGAAAUAUCGUGCACGGUUUUUCUAUCUUGCUGACUUGUUUUUGAUGUCAACCCAUUUGCCAGCAUAUCUGGUUGCAGCUUUCAUUAAACGACUUUCAAGGCUUGCGUUAAGAGCACCACCAUAUGGUGUAGCACUAAUUAUCACAUUUGUUGGAAAUUUAAUUAGACGACAUCCUAAUUGCAAGGUCCUGAUUCACAGAAAACAAGAGAAGGUUUGUAUUUAUUACUCAAUACUGUUCAGAAGUAUAAAAUACAAAUUAAGAGUGGAAAUUAGCAAGAUGUAAAAUCGAUGUGCCCAUUGUGCACCUUAAAUUGACCCUGAAUAUAUUUGGAAUGUGUUCUGUUGUAUUUAUCUGCUGAAAGUCCUGUGUAUAGAUUGAAUCAGUUAAAAUAGGAUUUGGUCUGCCACAAAGUAACAAAAUUAAAAUAUAAUCAGCCUAAAAACAAAGCAAGUACUAGCAAGGGAAGAAUAAACAACAUUUUUAUAGAAAACAAACACAACUCAAUAAAUUUUUUGAUAAAAUGCUAGUAAAGUAUCUCAAAAGUAUAAAUUACUUGCUGUGUAAUUGGUCAUUGUUUACAUCUCAUUUAUCCCAAAUAACCUUUGCUAGGGCCUAAAAAAAUACCUGUGGUUCCGGUUUCAUAUCGUGAAAAAAUUAGGGUCGGUGACGGUAGGUCGGAAAUAAAUUUUUUGAAUAUUUUUUUCAUGGUUUUGGCAUAUUUUUUUUCUGGGCGAUUUGCAGUAGAGUCCCGACAUCAAUAUUAACUAGAGAUGCAUAUUUCCUAUGGAUGAAUUUAGGCAAUUUGGUUCAAUAAUUAUUGUGACAACAGAUGCCAUUUUGACACGCUGUAUGAGGAGCCCGCAACAACCCAGCGAAAAUAGGGUUGCACGGUCAAUGGCGUAAAAAAAUAAUAGGGUCAGCAGAAAAAAUAGGGUAGGUCGGGAACCAGAACCACAGGUAUUUUUUGGGGGGCCUAGCUUUGCACUGUUUGCAGGUCCUGUUUUCACUCACAUGUCUGUGGUGUUGUCAAUUCUUUAUAACAGGUCUCACAAGUUCAAUACUAUUGCAGCAGGCCAAAUAUACCAGUUGAAUAAAUGACUUUGUAGUCAAUUAUGUUAAUUUCCAUGUUAAGUUUUUUAAUUGAGUGUCAAAAGUUGAUGGCAAGACCACAGGUCUAUGAGUGAAUAUGGGACCAAAGCAGGCAGAGGAAAGAUGUACAAGUUAUUUGCAUCUAAGUGUAUAAAACUACAUUGUCAUUCAGAUCUGUACUGUACUUCUGAUUUUAACUUCAUGGAUUAACUAACCAAGAAUUUUGUGCUUCAUUGCAUCAUGCUUCUUGUUUAUUGGGAAAUAAUAAAUUUUAAGUUUAACAUAGUCAAAUUUUAGGUUUCAUGACUGUUCAUGCAACAAACAGUAUCAUCUGUGAUAUGUUUUUAUAUAUUGCACUUUUCAAUGCAGAAUGUCCAAAUGACUGGAGAAGAUUUGGCAGACCAAAACGAAACUUCACCUGAUCCUUUUAAAGAAGAUGAACCAGAUCCAAGCCAGUGUGAAGCAUUGCAAAGUUCAUUGUGGGAACUAGAGACACUAAGGCAUCAUUAUUAUCCUGAGAUCAAAAGUUUGGUUGAGCUUCUUGAAAAACCAAUUGGUAAAAAUGAAACAGAUGUCUCAGAAUGGUUUGAAUCUUCAUACGAAGCGUUGUUUGAUGGCGAGUGCACAGAAUUCACUAAGAGUAAUGCUUUUAUUGAAUACCACAUUCCUAAAGGACUUUUGUCAGACUCGGUGAAUGAACUGUGGUGUACUGAUAAGUAAAAUAGAUAAAAAUAAUGUGGAAUACUUGCUGUUAUAUAUACACUGCAAUUGUUUGCAAAUACUGUAGUUGAACUCAAUAUUCACAGUAUUCAAGUUGUUUAAGAGCUAGCUAAACCUGUUCUAAGUUGUACAGUAUGUUUGUGAAUGUCCAGUAUUUAAUUGGCUUAUAAUAUGGUGGAAAAGGAUAUCAUAAGUUCAUAACUAAAUUUUACAAGUUGGAAUUUUCUGGCAUUUUUUUGUUAAUUUCCAUUUAGUCUACACCUGUCGAAGCAAGGCUAGUUAAUGUUUAUUGGCAUAUUGCUUUUUGGAAUGACCGAUUUCUAAAGAGAAGAAUAAUGGGUACACUUCUCUUCAAUGUUAAAUAUAAGAGUUUCAAUUAUUAAGUAAAGUUUAUUGGAAAAAAAUGAGUUGCAUGGUUUAAAAUUCUUGUGUAGGAACGUAACUCAUAAUUGGCUAUAGUAACAACAGACGGAAGGCCUUGAAACGUCGAAAUUCUCCUUAUAUUUUUCAGGUAGUUGCAUCCCUACCAACGAAAGCAUGUUAUGCAAUGUCAUGUAAUUUUGUGAAACCAUCUAUUUUCGCCAGGAGUGAAACAUACAAAAGCAAUGACAGACUACUACUAGUAGUGCCGUUCGAUUGAGAGCCAAUUUGCAAUGAGAGGUUCAGACUAAAUACAGUAGAAUUCACCAUGCAUCGCUCCUCAUGACAUUCUCAGAAACGUAGGCUAUAGUAUAAGCAUGGAUUGUAAAAUAACAUUGUUUUUUACAAUCCAUGGUAUAAGCUUUGAAAUAUGGAUUGUUAUAAACUUAAACUACUAUAUAAAUAAUCAGUGAAAACGUAUAAUGCAUAUAUUUUAUAAUGAAAAUGAUUUUAAUACAACCAAUACUGUUAAUACCGCCACUGGCAUGCUAUUUACCCAUUUACUCUUAUUAUAUAUUAAUUCAAGGUACAUUAUGUACGAUUGUAGCACUGUCAUUGGCAUCUGUGGUGUGUAUAAACCUUACAAUAAACUUACAUAGCGAAGUAUUACAGAAUACAGGAACCAGUAUAAUUACGAUCUGCUUCGCAAGGGGCCAUGCGAUUACUAACGUUAUAUGUUGAAUAUACCAUUGCAAAAUAUUCAGACUGAAAUAGAUAAGAAUAAUAUUAAUUAAGAUUAUUAAUUUGAUAUUUUAUUAUAUCAAUGCGUACUUAUUCAUAUAUAUGUGAACACUAUAUACGUACUCACUAGAACUAUAAAAAUAAUGUAGGUAUUUUCGUUACGGCAGUUUAUAAUUCGUAAGCAAUCACAAUCAUCAUUUUCAACUACAGUUAUCCCUUCCAGUGAAUGGUGUUGCACACAAUUCCACAAGCGAGUUGAUACAGGUUCAAUUCAUCUAUAAAAUUUCAAUUUUUUUUACCUUGAUCGAAAGAUGAAAUUUCCUUUUCGUCUGAAAUCACUUAAUUAAUCGUAAUAUUCAUUUACCGUAAGCAGUACUAGUAAACAUGCAAUAUACUGUAGGGUGACCGUUCGAAUUUUUAGUUAUCAUUGUAAAAGGUCUGCGUUUGUGAAAAGUGAAUCUGGUUGCUUACUGUUGCAUCGCUAUAUCAGUAUAUGUAUAAUAUUGAAUUGUUAUAUUAGAAACUCAUCGAGCUUGACAAAAAGUUCUUUGGGUCUAUUACAAAGCUGAAUUGCUUUUGUUUUUUAGCCCCUAGUUCUUUUGUAAAUUCAUUGAAAUCAAUUGAUUCUCUCUCGUCUGUAUCUUCACUACUGAUCUCAAAGCAAUUCUCAAACUUUUGUCCAUCUGAUCUCGGUUGUAAUUUAUUAAACUCAUCCAUAUCAUCAACUUGAAGUCUCCACCAUUUUGUACCAUCUGCUAGAACAACCCAGUCAUCUUGUUCAGUUGCAUGCGAAUAUUUCUUUCUGCGUUCUGAAUUACUUAAACGAAGCAGAGUGUUCCAAUCGUGUUUCCUCUUCACUGUCUUAUUGAUGCGUACUUUAAUGUUCCGUUUUUCAUUUACCGUAAUCAUGGGUUUGAAUUUCAGUGAACCAUCCAAGCAGCAUUUCUUUGGGAGGAUUAAUCUCAUGUUAGGCAGGUUGGGGUUUUCCUCGAGAAGUUGACUCUCACUUAUUGAUUCACGUGGGAAGGUAAUAGCGAUGUUCGCAGAUCCCGGUCUCUCUGUACUUGAUAAAGAACCUGGAGUGAUCUGACCAGUUUCUUCCCAAUAUCUCACCACUUCGUUCCAAGGUAGUUGAAUUUCACUUUCUUCACCCGUCGAUUCCUUCGACGCUUUCAAGAUCAUAUGCCGGGAGACUUUUAACAUCAGUAUACGAUCAGUCUGGGUAUGUUGAUUUUGGUCAGCCAACUCCACCCAUGGUAGUAAGCCUUGCUUCUCGCCUGUUGGAAAGAUAAUUAUUGUAUGAGCUUCAAUUACAACUACGUACACGAUUAAUUAAAGCCUGAUUUUCAUUUGGUUGCAGAUACCGUG